CACUGCUCUCUCCUCCUCCGUGCUGCAUGCGUCUCUGCGUACUCUUGUGCGUAAGAGCGCGCGGUAGAUGCGUAAAGAGCAGCUCUCUUGCAAAAAAAAAAAAAAAAAAAAGCAACAAACAAAAAAGCACCCAAACCACCUAAGAGAAGGCAUGCGGAGCAGCUAGUGCUUUGGAUGAUGUUAGUAAAGAUGUUCAUCAGCUCCGAUGAAGGCGCGUUGCUGUUUGGGUGCAUGUUUUUGGACUUUUCAGCAUGGCAUGACCACCGCUCCUCUCCGAGCGUUUCUGCGUGAAGUUGAACGGAGGAGGAAGCACAAUGAGAGGCACAUCCUUUCUCCUCGGCUUCCUGCUGCUCAAAGUUACCGCUCUGCUGUGCACGGCUGACGGGGAGCCGGGCUUGCUCGGGGGCUUCGUGAUGAUCGCCACCUCCAACGGCUCCAGAGAGGAGGAGAGCGUUUCGGAGGAGACCCCGCACGUUGAAGACAAAUGUCGGGGUUACUACGACGUCAUGGGCCAAUGGGACCCUCCGUUCGUGUGCAAAACGGGUAAUUAUUUGUAUUGCUGCGGCACCUGUGGCUUCCGCUUCUGCUGCUCUUACAAGCACUCCCGCCUGGAUCAGAGCACCUGUAAAAAUUACGACACUCCUUUGUGGAUGAAGACCGGGCAGACGCCUUACAAGAAAAACAGAAACAAGAUCCACGACAGCACCAAAGACAAGACCAACUUAAUAGUUUACAUUAUAUGUGGAGUUGUGGCCAUUAUGGCCCUAGUGGGGAUUUUCACCAAACUGGGACUGGAAAAGGCGCACCGUCCUCAGAGAGAGAACAUGUCCAGGGCUGUGGCCAGCGUGCUGCAGGGCGGGUGUCCAAGUGAGCAGUACCGGGCGGAGGAGCCCCUAGGCAUGCAUUCCAAACACUACGUUUCCAGGGCGACAAACCUCCAGGGCGGUCAGAUCAACAACAACGUGGGACCGGCAUCAAACAUGGUCCAGCAGCACCCUUAUCCUGCUCUCAGUCAGAUGGCUCAUGUGUAUGAACAUCAACAACAACAACAACAACAACAGCAGCAGCAACAACAACAGCAACAACAACAACAGCAGCAUCAAAACAAGGAUCUCAACAAGUACGCCUCCCUGAAGGCUGUGGCUGCCAAAUUCAACGGAGAACUCUACAACAAGCGCAGACUGAUGGUGGAGCUGCCGGCAAAAGGUGGUCUUCCGCUCCAGCCUAUCGGCAACUCCCGACCGCCCAUGGCCAACAUGUCGUCAAUGACCGCCAACCUCCCUAUUGCUUCUAACCCCAUGGCUUCCCACUCCAUGAACCCCACAAUGAACCAGAUGCCCUCCAUGACACCUUUGACGUCUAUGACACCCAUGACAUCUAUGACUCCCAUGACGUCAAUGACACCCAUGACGUCUAUGACUCCCAUGACAUCUAUGACACCCAUGACAUCCCUCACCCCAAUGACCUCUAUGACUCCUAUGACCUCAUUGGGCCCACUGACCCCGGAGCCAGUGGCAACUUAUAUUACUGAGAUGCCCAGAGUCUCCUCCGUCUCGACUCUCCCGACAGAACGGCGUGGAGGUGCCGUUGGAUCUUUGAAGCCCAACGGUCAGAAACCUAAAAUCAACCACGGCCAUGUUGCCUACAGCUCUCACAGUGCCCACACUCACCUUCAUAGCCACAGUAGCAAGCCUCCGGGACUGGGAACUACCUCCAUGGCACACAUGGGGGGUACUAUGCCAGGCGGCACAUCCUUGGGCAUCUCCAGGGUUGCGGAGACCCCAAUUGGCCCCAGCUUUGCAACAAUGGGGCGUCCAUUGGCUUACAGUUCUAACACCAUCGCAACCGGGCACGGGGUGGGUAUGGGGCUAAGGGGAUGGGAUGGGACAGAGACGGUUGGCCGGAGGAAGACCUAUGGCCACAAGAGGCCUCAGUGUACGGUUCUGGAGCCGAACCAGCUCCACGGUACCCGAGGCCAUAGCCACAGCCAACACUUCCUCCCCACGCAGCCCUACUUUGUGACCAACAGCAAGACAGAAGUGACUGUGUGAGACAAGUGGAAGAUGGGCAAAGAAUGCAUGGCGACGUAAGUGUACACACCAACACCGGAGUUGGUCAAAGGCACAUCAAGGCUCAUCGGUACCGGUAAAUGAUAUUCACGACUUUGUGACGCGAUACUGACACCAUGUUUGAUUGGUCGCUUUUUUUUUUUU